UGAGAUUUUGGAAGAGCCAAGAUGUCUGGGGAACUAGAGCAGAUUCUCUUACAGCUCACGCAGCCUGACAAUGCGAUUAUUCAGCAGGCCACCGCCCAGCUGAAGCUGGCUUUUAAAGACCCAGCCAUCAUCCCAGCGUUGUGUGCUGUCAUGACUGGGUCCCAGAACACGCAGAUCCGCCAGUCAGCUGCAGUAAUGUUGCGGAUGAGAGUGAAGAAGCAUUGGAAGAAGAUUAGCCCUGAUCACAGAGAGAGUUUGAAAGCAGUGGUCCUGAAAGCCUUCCAGCAGGAGACAGAACACACAGUACGCCACUCCCUCUCGCAGCUCAGCGCAGUGAUGGUCAAACACGAGACGCCAGACCGCUGGCCUGCUCUAUUCACACUCCUCAACCAGUCCACCAAGAGCAACAACCCAAUGGACAGACAGGUGGGUCUACUCUUGCUCAGCAAAGUGGUGGAGUCCAAUCCGGAGCCCUUCAAGCCCCACUAUCGCCAACUGCUGCAGCUGUUUGGCACCGUGCUGCGAGACCUGGACAACCCCACAGCCAUGUACUACAGCAUCCUCACCCUCACCGCUAUGACUGCCUACACUGGCACAGAAGAGAUGAACCUAAUGCGCUCCCUCAUCCCAACACUGAUCAUUGCUCUCAGACACCUCAUCAAGGCAGACCAGGAUCAGGCCAGUGAGGCCAUGGAGGUGUUCGAUGAGCUGAUGGAGAGUGAGGUGUCCAUCAUGGUCCCACACAUCACUGAAAUUGUCCACUUCUGCUUGGAGGUCAGUGCAGACACUACACUGACUGACUCCCUGCGUGUGAAGGCUCUGUCCUGCAUUGCUUUUCUCAUUCGUCUCAAGAGCAAGACAGUGUUAAAGCAGAAGCUGCUCAAUCCCAUCCUGCAGACGGUGUUCCCCGUGCUUAGUGCAGCGCCACCACCUGGGGAGGAGGACCCUGAGGACGAGGAGAACAGCAAUGAGGACGACACUGACAACGAGAGUCCCAAACACUUUGCUGCUCAGGUUAUUGACACCAUGGCUCUUCACAUGCCCCCUGAGAAACUAUUCCACCAACUGAUGCCGCUGACUCAAGCAUGUCUGGCCAGUGAUAACCCCUAUGAGAGGAAAGCUGGCCUGAUGUGUCUGGCAGUGCUGGCCGAGGGCUGUGCCGACCACAUACGGACCAAGAUGCUGUCGUCCAUGUUGCAGACGGUGUGCCAGAGUCUGUCAGACAGUAACCAAGUGGUCCGCAGCGCCGGCCUCUUUGCCCUGGGACAGUUUUCUGAGCACCUGCAGCCUGAGGUCAGUAAGUAUUGUGCUGAGCUGAUGCCACUGUUGCUGGGCUACAUGUCUGCUCUGAACCAGGCCAAGAUCGGACACGUCACCAAGGCCUUCUACGCCCUGGAGAACUUCCUGGAAAACCUGGGUUCAGAGAUUGAGCCCUACCUGCCCACCCUGAUGGAGACCAUGUUGUCUGCCCUCAGCAACGCAGAGAACCUGAAGCUCAAAGAGCUGGCUGUCAGUGCUAUAGGAGCUAUAGCCAAUGCAGCCAAAGAGAAGCUAGUUCCUUACUUCCUGCCUGUCAUUGAGAGUCUGAAGGGCUUCCUCACUGACACCAGGGAUGAGAUGAGGUCUCUGCAGACACAGGCUCUGGAUACUCUGUCAGUGCUGGCCCGCACCAUAGGUAAAGAGGUGUUCAGCCCCCUGGCUGCAGAGUGUGUUCAGCUGGGACUCAAUCUCACCAACACUAUCGAUGACCCAGACCUGCGCCGCUGCACGUACAGCCUGUUUUCGGCUGUGUCCACAGUGAGUCCAGACUGUCUGAACCCACACCUCACUGCCAUCACCACCAUCAUGCUUCUGUCUCUCAAGUCCACAGAGGGAGUCACGGCUCACCUUGAGGAGGACAAGACGUUUGUCCUGCUGGAUGGCGAUGAUGAUGACGACGAGGCUCAGGGAGACACCAUUUUGGACGAGGAGGGGACUGACAACGUGGACCCAGACAUCGCCGGGUUCAGUGUAGAAAACGCCUACAUUGAUGAGAAGGAGGAUACCUGUGACGCCCUGGGAGAGAUUGCCUUCAACACCGGACUGCUAGCCUCUGCCAUCCCAGCGGAGACCUUCCAGCCCUAUCUCAACGAGCUUCUGCCGCUCAUCAUGAACAAGGCUAAGUUGUCGUACACAGUGGCCGACCGUUCAUUCUCCGUGGGCACGCUCGGAGAGAUCCUGCAAUCCCUCGUCAACGUAUCUGGGGGCAGGGCCUGUGCCGGCAAACUGUCCAAUCAGCUGCUGCCUGUCCUAGUGGCUGGGGUGAGAGACAGCGACAGUGAGGUUCGCAACAACAGCGUGUUCGCACUGGGAGCACUGGCCCAGGCUGCUGGACCCCUCGUCGCACGAGACUACCCCAUGAUGCUGUCCCUCUUCUCCAACCUGCUGUCUAAAGAACAGGAUAGGAGGGUGAUUGACAACCUGUGUGCUGCCCUCUGCAGGAUGAUCAUGAGCAACAUGGAGGGUGUCCCUCUGGAACAGGUGGUCCCUGCCCUCCUGGCUCACCUCCCUCUGAAGGAGGACAUGGAGGAGAAUAAGACUGUGUACAGCUGCUUGGCCAUGCUCUACUCUCAGAACCCUGCACUGGUCCUGAGUCAAAUUAAGCCAAUAGUAUCUGCUUCCAGCCACGUCCUGGGAACCAAUGAUCUUGACACAGAAACCCAGAACACCCUGGUCAUGCUGCUCCGAGACGUCGCUCAGCGUCACUCCAAGGAAUUCGAGGUCGCCAUGAAGUCACUUCCCGCUGAGCAGAAGAUGAAGCUGACAGGGGCCGUUAGCCAAUCCUAGCACACCACGUCAGCCAGCUAUUCCAUGCCAGUCAAAGCCAGCGAAUUGUAGGAUUUGUGUUACUACAUAUGACAAGUGGGACAGUAGUUGGAACACGUUCAAAUUGGGUAAACCUGCAAACUCCUGCACUUGAACCAUUCUACUAUUAGGAUUCUAUCAUUAUUCAGAGGUUCUGUUCCUAGUUCUCACUUUUUAAUUUAUAUUGUCUGUGCUUUUUAGAAGUUAUUAAUUUUUUGUGUGUUACUAGUAUGUGUUUGUUUACAUAAUGCAUAAGAACAGCCCUUAGCCAUGGUAUAUUGGCCAUAUACCACACCCCGCCGGACCAUAUUUCUUAAUUGUAGUACAGUAAAUAACAUUUUAUAGGUAUCAUAGGACAAUUCAGGCCACUUGGAGACAGAUGGCUACAAUGGCUUCACAUGUAAAUGCAGUGUAUAGUCAGCACCUGUUAGCAAUGCUUUCACAUACUGGACCAAACUGGCCCAAGAAUUACCAUUCAAAUGCUUGAAUGCUUUAGUCUACCUCCGUGGCUGCAUUGCAAUUGUAAUUGUUCAGU